CUUAAUCCUUCUCACAUUAGAGGAACUUGCAAAAGCAGCCAGGAGUGCUAACCAUGAGGAGUCAGGUCUAUACGAGGAACUUUUGAGACAAGUUCAUAGACUACAGUCUAAGGUCUGCCUUCCAAAUCUCUGUCUAUCUGUCUUAGGGGGGAAUGAGUCUGACAAGAUAUCAAAAGCUAUUGCCAAGUGUAUGAAGGAUGUCAUAGACACAGCCAAAGAAUCAAAGAAAGAGGCACCACUGGUAGGGAAAACACAAACCACUCUGUCGCCAUUGGACAACUUGUAUGUCACAUCACCCCCACCAGGGGCAGGCCUGGCCCCUAUGCCUUUUCCCCUGCAACAACAUCCUAAUCCUAUGUAUGGAUCUUAUCAGGGUUAUGUUCAGCAAGGGUAUGGUCAGCAGGGCUAUGGCCAAGGGUAUGGUCAAGGGUAUAGACAUUAUAGGAGGGGUGGUUUUAGGCACCCUGGGCAACGCCCUAGAGGAGCAUGCCUGGUUUGUGACAGUACAGCCCACCAGGUCAGAGAUUGUCCAAAAGUAAAAGAGUUCAGGCAAAAGUAAUACUUGGAAGAUUGCAAAUUACAACAAAUGUUCAUAUGUUUACAGUGUCAAAUUAUUUUUACCAGAAAGCAACUGGUUUGAUAAAACUGUUUACUUAAUUAAUACUCAAUAAUUAAGAUACUUGCUUUUGGUUUAUAUAUGACCAAUUGUGAUGUAUAAUUGAAAUGAUCAUGAUGCUUGUAGUCCUACAGGGAGAUAUUAUAGAUGCAUUGUACUAACAUUAUACUAGAGUUAUGUAUUGUCUUCUUAGUAAACUAUUAUAAAUAGGUUAGCUUGUAAGUUAUAAUGGUACUUCCUCCUCUGCUGUCCAAAGGACACUGACGCCUUAGUGAGUUACACUCACGUGGGUAGCGGACGAGGGGGUUCCACUUAUUUCAAUGUUACUUAUGCUGGUCCUGUUUUUUUAAUUAUGCAUACCUUCUGUGUAUUACAGAGGUGCAGAGAGGAUGGCCGCUGUGAUGGUGGAAUUACAAAAAAUUGUAUACAGGUCCCAAAAUGGGAACUUGAAAGUGGUUUUAAUCCGACAAAUAUAAGGGUCCGACAAGAACCAGCAUGGGUGACAUUGGAUGGUGGAGCCUCUUUGUCCGAUGCCCACGUAAUGUCGCAACUAGACACGGACUACAAUAUUAGAAAGUUAUCUUUAAGAGACCCCUCAAAAUUUGUGGCUGGUCAACUUCAUUCUCACCUGUCUGAUUGGAAGGAUAUUUUGCAGGGAUAUGAUGAUGAAGGGAGGAAAGUUAUUACAGGGUGGCUAGAAAAUGGUGUAGACAUAUAUGACUUUUUUCAUCAUUUCAAAGGUAACUUCAAAGGUAGAGCUUUUGAUAGUAGUACACCUCCAGUACAAUACUUUCCUAACUCGAGACAUUGUAGAGACCAUGUAGACUUCAUUGUGAAAGAGUUGUGUAAUAGAAUAGAGAGUGGUUCUCUCAGUCUCCUAGGUAAAGUUGGAGAGUGUGAACUACCAAAGGUCAUCAUGCCCUUACUAAUCGAGCCCACUAAGCCUCGACUUUGCCAUGAUGAGAGGUACCUUAAUCUGUGGAUCAAAGAUCUCCCUUUCAAACUAGAAACUCUAAGGGAUGUCCAUAGAAUGAUUGAAAAGAAUGCCUAUAUGAUCACCCUUGACGAAAAAUCAGGUUAUGAUCAUAUUCUGUUGUCAGAAAGGUCUCGCAAUUAUUUUGGCAUUCAGUUCGGUGGUUUUAUUAUGACAUACUGCACUUUGCCCUUUGGGUGGAAAGCCUCCCCAUACGUGUACCAGUCUGUUGGAAUGGUUGUAACAAAUUACCUUCGAACAAAAUCUAUCUUGAAUGCGCAGUAUAUUGAUGAUCGGUUAGGGGUUUCAGGACACAAUGGGGACAAUCCAUAUAUAGAGGCAAAGCAGAUAGUGUAUACUAUGGUUCAGGUAUUGACAAGGUUGGGCUAUACUCUGGCACUGGAUAAGUGUUCUCUGGAACCUGGCACAAUUAAGAGGUUUCUCGGCUUCUUGAUCAACUCCAUUGAUCAGGCUUAUCUACUGCCUGAUGACAAGAAAACUAAGUUUGCUAAACUCAGAGAAGAAAUCCUAUCGCACCCAGAGGUGGAUGUCAGAACCUUGCAAAGGUUCUGCGGCAAAUGUAUAUCCAUGAAUAUAGCUGUACCUGGUUGCAAGCUUUUCUGCAGAGAAAUGAACAGAGCUCUUUCUGUGGCUCUGAAGAACAGUAGGAAGAUUCCAGUCACAGGUUCCGUUCGUGAGGAGCUUGAACACUGGCUUUUUUUUUUUUUUUACAAUUGGGGAGGCUGUAUGAAAUGGAGACCAGAAUACCACAAGUUAAUUGAAAUGUCCACUGAUUCUUCAGGGUAUCGUUAUGGAGCGGUAGUAGCAUUGGAUGAGAGGGUGACUAUAGGUGAUUAUUGGGGUGAAGGUGACAAUCGACCAAUCCACAUCAAGGAGGCGGAUGCAAUUCUCCAAACAUUGGUUUCCCUGGGACGGCAACUGGAGAACUCGAGGGUUGACUUGAGGUGUGAUAACAUGGCAGUGGUUAGUGUUUGGGAAAAAGGGGGUGGCAGGGAUACUGCCCUAACUGACAUCAUGAAAGCAAUCUUCCAUCACACAUCAACAUUCAACAUUGACCUGCACUUAUCUUAUGUGUCUUCAGUUAUGAAUGAGGCAGAUACCCCAUCUCGUGUCGUAUCAUUGGGGGACAGCAUGCUAACUGAGAAGACAUGGGAAAUGGUUGAGGAUGAAUAUGGUCCCCACUCUAUUGACCUCAUGGCCUUGGAUUCAAAUGCAAUGAAAUCAAGGGAGGGUACUGCCCUAAAGCAUUUUACCCCAUGGCCCACUCCAAAUUCAUCAGGUGUAAAUGUUUUCACUCAGGAUUUACGACGUGAGAGAAACCCUUAUGUUUUUCCCCCAUUUGUACUUAUAUACCCAAUACUAUGUUUCCUGGAGGAACAAAAAGUUUCUGCUACUGUGGUUCUUCCAAAGAUUCAGCCAUUACCAAUAUGGUGGCCAAAAUUAAAAGAAAUAUCAGUAGGCCAUCUCCUAUUGGGUCCGAAAGGGGACAUGGAAGUCCUGUAUAUUCCCUCGCGUAAGGGGUUUGUCCCUGAUUUGAAAGGGUUGAGAUGGCCAUUAUAUGCAUACAGAAUUGCAUUUGCCUGUACAUAACUCCAACAUUGAGGUGCCUGGUUUAUAUAUAUUGAUGGCCUGUUUCAGGAAGUUG